AUGGAAUGGAUUCUGCUGUCAAUCAGUCAGAGUCAGCCUCUCCCCGCCCUCAUAUUUCCUUUUUCUCCAGAUCUGGAUCCAUCUCUUGCCUGCAAUGAUCUCUCUCUCUCUCUCUCUCUCUCUCUCUCUCUCUCUGACCAUGAAAAACAAAUCAACCUAUCCAUCUAUCCAAAUCGAUUCACAUAUCUCUCCUCUCUUCACAUCUCUCUCUCUCUCUCUCUCCGCUCUUCACAUCUCUCUCUCUCUCUCUCUGCUCUUCACAUCUCUCUCUCUCUCUCUCUCCGCUCUUCACAUCUCUCUCUCUCUGCUCUUCACAUCUCUCUCUUUCUCUCUCUCUGUUCACGUCUGUCAGUCCACUUUUGCGCAUUCAUCAGUCUCUGUUCAUUCAUAUCAAUUAAUCUAUCUUAUUCUCCUCUAUCUGCUUUGUAUUUUCUGUCUAUUUCUAUCUUUGAUUCUUACUGUUAUUUAUCUUCCUAUCUCUCUCACUGUCCAUUUCCUUUAUAA